CGAAAAACGUCGGAAAUGACGUCGGAAAUAACGUGCCCCCCCCCGCCCCCCUGCAGAGCGAAGCUUGAGCGAGCUCAAGUCCACGCUCUCAGAAACUCACGCCGGAUCGGCGGAUUUCAAUCCUGUUGGUUGGUUGUAUAACAACCAGCGAGAAAUUGAGGCUGUAUGUGCUGUCUAUGAACAGUCACCAGCUUUCAAGGAGUUCAGGGAUAACGUGUUGGAACAUGCGGGCAUGACUAGGCGUGAGGCGUGCUCUUUGCUGGCAGCCAUUAUGCGAAUAGCAGGGGUAACAGGCACCACGGCGGCAGGCAAUAUUGUUAUGGGCGGGCAUGGGCUCCCCGGCUACAAGAGUGACUUCUCCCAGGGCCUUGACCAGACAAAGUUUUGGGACACAGUGGACCUUGAUGACGAAGUGGAAGUCCGCAAGUACAUCUUGGAGUGCCUUCGGCUGGAUGCGCCAGUCUCCGUGACUCACCGUGUGGCCACCGAGAGCUUCACGACCGAUAUCGCGGGCAAGUCAUACACGUUUCCCAAAGGAACCAGAAUUGGUAUGAACAUUGGUCUUGCGAACAUCGACCAGAAGAAGUGGGGCGAAACCGCCUACGAGUUUGACAUGCAGCGCCCUGGUCUCCUCGAGAGCUACCUGUCUUUCAACUCGGUCGGAGGCAGCCAUGCCGGACGAGAGUGCCCUGGCAAAGACUUGGUCCUUGGACUUCUCAGUGAGUUGGUGCGGAGGUUAGGCAAGGUGCGACGGCGGCAGCGUGCUGGAGGCGGCCCCUAGAUGUCCCGAGUGCCUGCACGACACGAGGUCAUCGUUCGAGGCAUCCCGGAUAGGGCGGAAGUGGAUGCCAGACGUCCGGCGCUCCAAGUUUCUCGAUGCAUUACCCCUCGUCCCCCCCCUCCUCCUCCUCCUCCUCCUCCUCCUCCUCCUCCUCCUCCUCCUCUCCCUCCUCC